UCUGCUGGAAGUUAUCUUUUUAAAUACCUUUAAAUGAUCAUUGAGUCGACUUCUGUUUGUUUUCAAACCGUUCACUCCUCCUGUCCAGUUUUUCUCACUCAAUAACAAACGUGUUGACCAUAGUAGUGUCCGGCAAAAAUUCUGUACAACAGCGGAAAAAGUGGAAGAGCCGCACACAGGCAGACUGUGCUGAACUCUUUCAGGCCUAAAGUCUUUCUUUGCUUUCAGCCAUUUCGCUCUGUUUCUGCUGUCCACUAACUAACAUUACUACUUACUGAAAAUUAUAGCUAAGUUAAUAGUGAUUUUAUACGACAACAAAAUCUUCUUUGAUUCUAGUGCCUCCUUAACUUUUUGGUGUGUAAACAGCCUGGUCACUCUGACUAUUUUUUUACAAUUAUAUUUACAAUUGUUUUUGCGUAUUCCUUGUUUAUAUCCUUCUCCUGAGAUUCUACUACAGAAUCUACACAUAAACAAAUACUGAUCAAUCCUGAAAUAUAAAACACAUACGUACACAAACACAUACUAAUAUAAUUUUUCAUAAAAAACAAAGCUUAAUCAAUCAUGAUAUUUAUAUUGUUAUUGUUCUUAAGUGUGUGUGAGGUGUAAACUAGUCAGCUGACUUUCUGACAAACGGUUAGCGGGUAACAUCACUAAUGCAGAUAAGAUUGAAAUGGAGGCAAAACUGAAGUUUACUUCCGUCAAAAAAUGUGGACCAUUAGUGACAAAAACAACAUUACACAAGUGGUGAAUAGCAGGCAUUAGGAUACGAUUGAUGGCAACAAACGGAAUAGAAAAACUUUUUUUCUUUAGCUUUCUAAUUACAAAAUCACUUCCAUCAAUAAAGACCCGGUCUGUACCAAUGAAUAGAGAUAGUAACGUGACCUAUUUUUUUUUCCUUAUUAAAAGUACACGUAGAUGUUAAACGACAGCAAAAAAAACAAAACAACAAAAAACAAAAAAAAACAAAAACAAAAAAACAAGCAUCCUAGUUGUUGUCCCUGUGUUAAGAUCUACUUUCAUUAUCACUAUCUUUGUAUUAUUUCUCGCAGUCUGCUGUAUCAUUCACAAAUGUGAAGUAAUCAUUCUAGGAGGUGGAUCUCUCCUGUUUGUGUCCCUAUUUUUAUUUCAACCAGAAAACACUUCGAGACAUUAUUUUUGGAGUAAACUAAAGUAACUUAGAAUCCAAGAUGGCUGAGCAAAACGAAAGAGAGUGUGCUGUGUGCACGAAUGACUUCACCACACCAAAGAUUCUACCCUGUGGUCAUCUCCUGUGUCGAGAAUGUGUUAUUUCCUGGAUGGAUUCCAAAGCUGAUGCCGGGUGUCCGCUGUGUAGAUGUCCUAUAGUAGAGCAGUCAGAUGGAAGUUCGUCCGACACUGUUGACGCCCUGCCGACAGACUUUGUGAUGGAAGCGCUGGUGGAGAGCGCUCGUGUGCUGAGUAAAGAUCACCUUUGUUGUGUGUGUGAGGACGUCAGGGCGGACUUCAUCUGUAUGCAGUGUCAGGACAUGUUGUGUUCAGCCUGUACAAAGGCUCAUAGAAAACUUUCAAUGAGCCGCAGUCACGAUGUGGAGAGUGUCAGCACUGUGACACCUGAACGUCUGGCUGCCAGCCGCCCUGCACUGUGUGCUGACCACGGCGACAAACACGCGGAGUUAUUUUGCCGCUCCCACGGGCUCCCUGUCUGCUUAGCUUGUAAGUCUAACAUACACAAAGUAUGUCCGGAAGUAAACUUUCUUGACGAUGAAAUACAGUCAGCUCAAAAUUUACUAAAAGACUUGACAAAGAGUCUUGUAGAAGCGGAGCAGAAGCUAGAGCAGGCUAUAGGUCAAGUGACGUCACGUCUACAGGAAGUUGAUGUCAGUGAACAAGAAGACAUGGCGCAGGUGGACAAGACAUGUGACCGUCUUCAGAAACUGGUGGAAGAUUUCCGUAAGAAUUUGAAGGAAAAGACUCGCACGUCACAUCUCAAAAUCAGGAAUUCAUUACGUGACGUCAAGACUGACCUUAGCAACCGUCUAGGGAAGGUGACGUCACACAAACACAUUGUGACUCGAGCGGUGGCAGUGUCACCACGUCCUGCACUGAUACACAUGACACAGGCUCUGACAGACAGGGUCAACAGCCUUGACCUCAACGCUAACUUGGAAGGAGAGGUGUGGGAAAAGCCCUUGUCAAGUGCAGAAUAUUGUCAAGAAGUUGCUGGGCGGAUAGAAAAAGACUUAAUGAUGUUGGCACCGCAAACAACAAAGACACAGAAUGUAACUCCGACCAUGCAACACACAUCUUUUCCACAACGUUUUUCCAGGCCUGACCAAGUUCAACCUCGCACAACUUCAUUGUCAGACAGCUCGUUCAAAAAAUGGUAUGCUGCAAACAAGAUGCCGGUUUCUAGAUGGGGGAUGAUGCUUAAUGAUUCUAGGAAAAAACGUGGACGUCGCUUUCAGUUUGGUGCAAAGCGACCAUUCCUUGUCUUCCACGAAAACUGCUGUUCAAACAUUCGUCUGACAAACUGUAACACGGGGGCAGAGAAGAUAAAUCCUACUAAUACGUUCAACGACGGUAUGGUUGUGUCACGUGAAGCUAUGGAGACAAACUACUUGUAUGAAGUCAUAGUGGACGCAGUAUCAUCUAAAGACAACAGAGUAUUCGUAGGUGUGACAAGUAUCCCUCCUGCAUGGCUUAAUAUGACGAAGUAUUCCGGACACCUGUACGAUGUCAUGAUCUACCCCAGAGUGGUCUACCAAGAGGGAGAAUAUGUGUCUAACACGUUAGGACAAUGUCUCAAGAAACUUCAAGUCGGGAGUCGAGUUGGGGUCAUGGUGGACUCAUCAAACGGCCUUCACCUCUACGUCAACGGACAGGACAAGGGCAUUGUAUCAAAUUUUGUCAAACAGCCCUGUUUUGCUUUAUUUGGAAUCUGGUAUAAAGUAACUCAGGUGACAGCCUGUUGUAGAUUAAUGAGGAGAUAAAUAAUAUCAGAGGAGAAAUCGUCCGAGACAGCAAGAAGUGACCAAAGACGGCGCCAAUGUAUCUGGUUUGUUAAGCUUUUUACUGUGCAAAACAAAAAAGUAUAAAUGAUUCACUUUUGUGUUGAUGUACAUGAAACAACCACGAAAAGCAAUACUUUUAUUACAGUGGUAUAAGCUGUCCUCCAUCCCUUUACACACAUACAAAGAGAGAAAUGAAGAAGAAACAUAUUUUUAGCGGAGACUGACCGAUACUAAUUAAGCAUACAAAAUAUAAUGUGUAAACACAACAAAAUGAGUAAACAAAUUAGUAUCGCUAAAACUGUUUAUUUCAUAAAAUCUUUCGCAGUUAUCAUUGGUUUAUGGUCGUGCUGAUUAAUGAUAUGCUCAUUAUGAGUAUGUUGCUGUACAACUACAAUUGUAAUAAGAGUAAAUGGCUUUAUUUUCAAAUUGCUUUUUAUGUAUUCAUUAUUGUGCAAAAGCAAAUAAGUAGUUUUGUUUACGGUAGUUCUUUCUAAAGCUAUAAUAUUUAUAUGUACAGAGAAUUUACUGACUAGGCAAGCUACAGUAUGUCUUUAAACUGUCGUCUGAUCCGAGAGUGUUAUUAUACGCUUUCUUUUCGUUAAUAUAAAUCUGUUAAGAGAUAUUUUUUAGUGUUUCCUAUUUACGUGUAACAAUAUGGGAUACAAAUUCGGUGGGAUAGACAAUGAGCACAGACAAUGUGAGUUUAAAGCGAGUAUAGCUACAUACCUACUGAGUGCUAGUUAUUGGGAGUUGUUUUGAUUUUAAGCAGAAAGUCAGUCCUUGUUUAUGUCAUGUGACAUUGUACAUCUGGACACACAAGUCAGGUGACACAUGCAGCGGACUCAGACCGGGUUGUGAUGGUCCACUGUUUGUCAAAAAGUGUUUUUUUGCUGCCCAUUGGCGUGGAGUCCACGGUCCACACUUCAUGCUAAUUUAGUUAAUCCUGCGCACGCAUUAAUAAGUCAAAAGUAUGAUGUUUUGAAGUCGAUCUGUUUCGGUCCAAGAGGAAAUACAUAUAUGCUUCUAUUAUAAUAAAUUUAAUGUAUUACAUACAAAUACUGUCUCACAUUUCUCACAUUUUUAAAUCGUCAGGACAAACAUUACUUCUUUAUUUUGUUUCCUAACGCACGUUGUUCAUGUUCACCUUUGCUUUAUCGUUGUGUGCGAGGUUUUCGAAAAGAGAAAUCAAAUAUUUUGUCGGUGAUUAUAACCUUGUAAGUUUUGAUACAUCAACUGUAAAUGUAAAUACAUUGUAAACAACACAGCGAAACAGCACACAAACCACAUUUUCCAGUAAGGGACACGAUUUAUCUGUAGUGAUGUUGAUGUUCUCUUGUGAGGCAGUUUUAAAUUCAAAGCUACCAUGAAACAUCGGAGACUUUGUACAUUUACGUAUGUCUCAGUCUGUAUACAGUGUUUAAAACAAGAAUAAAGUAUGAAAACAAGACUCAUGCGCACAUCGUUGCUCUAGUCUUGUUAACCACAGUCUAAUCAGGUUUGUUUGAAAGACUUCAGCAAUAGUUCCUACAGCCAGCACUUUGCUGAAGCCACACAUCCCAAACCCCGCAUCACAUCAAACGCUCAGGUAU